AAUUAUAAACAUAUAGCAGACCUUUGGCAUGUCUUUUUAUGGCUUUUGUCUCCAUUAAAACUCCUUCAUGCAUGCUUCAAAGUGGACUUUCGUUAAAUCUUAUAAGUUCGGAUAUUUUUAUAUUGAUUAUUAAACAGCUGAUAUCGUUAAAGCAGUUCAGUGGGGCUUAUCAUCAUCCUCAUUGUCCUAAAACUUUCAGAGCUUUCUUCUGUCAUAAAUGGAGUGUAGCUGCAGCAGUCUUUUGAGUUCAAACUCCAUGGAAACCAUAUAUUCAACCCAGUUUUCAAGUUUCAAGCCAUUGUUUGAUCUUAAAUCCAUCCCAAAGUUGACUUCUUUCAAAGGCAUAUCUGCAAAGGCUUCUUAUGAUACUUGUGUGCCAAAGAAAGGUUUGAGUUCCAUUGAUGAACAAAAACUUGGAGCUGCAGAUUUGGUGUAUCAUGUUAAUGGAAAGAUCAAUCCAAGUUAUUUGACGAGAGAUUUGAGGAUAUUAGAUGGUUUUGAUGAUGAAUAUGGGGGUGUUAUUGUUGAUUCCGAGAGAUUACCAGCUAACCCUAAUGUUUUUGCUUCCAUGCUUCGUUUUUCUGUUUCUCAUUGGAAGGCUAAGGAAAAGAAGGGAAUUUGGCUUAAGUUGCCGGUGGAAAAAUCAGAUCUUGUACCAGUUGCAGUCAAGCAAGGAUUUGAAUAUCACCAUGCAGAGAAAGGGUAUGUAAUGUUAACAUAUUGGCUGCCUGAAGGACCUAGCAUGCUACCUGCUAAUGCUUCACAUCAAGUAGGGGUUGGUGGAUUUGUAGUUAAUGAUAAAAAUGAGGUCCUUGUUGUUCAAGAGAAACACUGCGCUCCAUCAUUUGUUGGCCUUUGGAAAAUACCAACAGGUUUCAUAGAUGAGUCAGAGGAGAUUUAUGCAGGAGCAGUAAGAGAAGUCAAGGAAGAAACAGGGAUUGAUACUGAGUUUCUGGAAGUAGUAGCAUUCAGGCAUGUUCAUAAUGUGGCCUUUGAAAAAUCAGAUUUGUUCUUCAUCUGCAUGUUGAAGCCUCUAUCAACUCGGAUUAUUGUCGAUGUUCAUGAAAUUCAAGCAGCCAAGUGGAUGCCACUAAUCGAGUUUGUGGAGCAACCAUUUAUCCAACAAGAUUCUAUGUUUAAGAAAGUGAUUGAUAUUUGCAAAGCUCGCCUCGGAGGGUGUUAUUGUGGCCUAUCCGUACAUCAAUUGGCAUCUAGAUUUGAUGGCAAAAUAUCCACUCUCUAUUAUAAUUGUAUAGACAACUAAAUCAACUUUUGUGCAUAUUCCUAAUCAUGUAUAACCUCUAUUUUAUACAUAUCUUUUUAUUGUAAAUGCACCCUUUCAAUGUAAAAUUUCACCAUUUUUAUUUUGUAUAAGCUAUUUAAUGUCACUAAAUUUUUAGUAAA